UUUUCUUUAUCUCUGAAUCAUGCUACCUACCAAACCUUCUGAUUCACUUGAAUCUAACAGAGGAGAGGGGGCAAAACACUAUCUGUUAUUGGUGAGUGAGUGAGUGAGUGAGUGAGUGAGUGAGUGAGUGAGUGAGUGAGAAGCUCAGACAAGGACAUUUAAUCUCCCUGUUCAACUGUGUGGAUAUGUCAAAUUAUUUACUCAUUGGUAAUUUAAUAGGAUUUAGUGACAUCAUCAGUACAUGUAUCUAACUUGAAAAGUUUUGAAUCCAACCUGACAUGACCUUUUCAGUUUUAAUGUGACAAUUAUACAACAAUUUUGGCAUCACUACUAGCUGAUCACUAUCUGCACUCAUACUACUUACACUCUUUUGGAAUAUUAAUGGGAAAAACAAAGUAUAUCUCUCAUUCCUGGAUAGGUAUAAGAUGUCUAUGUGCUGUCAAUAUAUGCAAAAGAGGAUGUGAAAGAGUUUGUUUUUCUCUUUCUGCUCUUUUAUUUUUAUGACAAAGUAUUAGUCAUUGAGAGGUCUAGUGUCUCAGGUCACCUUCCAGCAAAGAGGAAAUCUCUAAUCGAAAAUUAAAGGGCAGAUUGUCAAAUAGUGAUUUGUACAUAUCUAUGAUUUGUACAUAUCUAUGUUUACCAAAUGAACUAGAAGUACAAUUGAAGCUUUGCAGAGAAAGAGAAACAAAAGGAGAAAUAGGCAAAGAUUGAACUUUGUCAGCCUGUUGGAGGAUAUUGUUGGAGGAUAUUGCCUAAUCGAGAAAGAGGGACUGUUGUAACAUUUACCACAAUGGCUUAAGAGAAGAACACGUUUAAGGGGAGCCAGAGGAACAAGAACAUAUAGAGACACAAGCAUGACCUGAGUGAAUCGGCUGAUGGCCAUCUCGCCAUUGGUGAUUGGUGCACUCUGAUCUUUAGACUUUAGAAUCAGUCGUUAAGUCAUUAACAAAUUUCCUAUGACUGAGGAAUUGUUUGUAUCACCAUGGCAUCAGCCUGGAUAACAAUAUUUGCCACGCUGCUGCUGGCUUUUGUGAACGGAACGAAAGAUGAGGUUCACACGUCUCCAUCUGUGCGGGUACACACUUCCACCCCUGUGGUGGCCUUGGGGUCACCGGUGACUGCCUCUUGCAUCAUCAGAGAUGACUGCCCACUCAUAAAGGGGGCAGUCUGGCACCUCAACCACAUUGUCUGGCACCUCAACCAACGCCUUAUUCCCAGCAGUCCUGCAGCAGCCAAUGGGAGUGGUAGAACCUCUGCAGCGGCCAAUGAAAGUGGCUGGAUCUCCACCGUUUUAUAUUCUGUGGCCAAUCAGAGUGGCUGGAACUCAACAGUGUUUAUACCUAGCUUCACAGACACCAAGGGAUAUCUCACGUGCUGUGUCCUCCACACCAUCCCAUGUCAGAUCGUAGGAGCAGUGGAGAUAAGAGCUGGAUUUCCACCCACAGCACCACAGAACCUUAGCUGCCUGACUAACCUGACCAAGCCGGAAACCCUCUCAUGCCAAUGGGACCCAGGACAGGACACCCACCUGCCCACACAGUACACUCUCUACACUGAGAUCAGGGACUUACCAGAGAGCAACACGUACAUGCUGCCGCCAGGGGUACAUCACUACAAGAUACCACGGACCGGCUUUGUUCUCUUCUCAGAGAUAGAAAUAUAUGUCAAGGCGGUGAACGCCUUGGGUCAAGCCACCUCAACACCUUUGCUUCUGGAGCCAAUGGAGUCAGCCAAGUUUGACCCUCCAAAAGUUCUGAAGGUCCAAGCAGAGCCAAACAGGUAUGGCUGCCUAAGUCUCAGCUGGGGUCUCUCUGAACAGCAAGCGUGGGUGACCACUGUGACCUUGGAGGUGCGACUGAAAACCGCAAACAGGAAGCAGUGGAGUGAAGAACCAGUCCCAGUACAACGCUUAAUGCGCCAGAGACCCAUGGAGGUGUGUCGUCUGCUCCACGGGACAGAGUACCACAUCCAGAUACGGGUCAGGUAUCAACAGAGUCCAUGGAGCGAAUGGAGUAACAGCAAUACUGCAGUCACACUUGAGAGGGCUCCCACCGGACGACUCAACUCUUGGAUGAAGGAAUCUAGGGAGCAGAGGCAUAAGUCUCUCAGUCUACACUUGUUUUGGAAGCCAUCGAAGCAGUUUCGUGCCAAUGGCAAGAUCCUGUCCUAUGUUGUCUCGCGCCAGAGACAACCCCUGAAAAAGGGACAGCUGUGCAUCACAUUGGAUAGCCACUGUGUUUUCCAGCUUCCCAGGGGCACAAGGAAAGUGUUCCUCAGCGCUGGGAACGCUGCAGGGACAUCCAGCCCUACGGAGGUGGAGGUGUUUCAACACAGAGCUCUGGCAGCAGUCUCUGACGUCAAUGUCCUUCCUCAUGAUGAGAGAUCUCUACUGGUCCAGUGGACAAGCAUACAUUCAUCCAGUGUCACAGGCUAUGUGGUGGUGUGGAGACCAUUGUGGAAAAUGGACCCUUCCCUCAUCUUGUUUGACCACAUUGACAGGAAUCAAUCCAGCGCUCUAAUAUCAGAGAGCAUUGAGCCAUACAAUCCCUAUGAGAUCUCUGUGUAUCCAAAGUAUAAGAACGGGAUUGGCCUUCCUCAAACUGUCGAGGCGUACUCUAGACAAAAGGCCCCAUCUGCCGCCCCAGAUCUGAGGGUGAGGGAGAUUUUGCAUUCUCGUAUUGAGCUUACUUGGGAGGAGAUUCCACUAUGCCAGAGGAAUGGGAUCGUGCAGAGCUACCAGAUCUUCUACUGGGAUGAGCAGGGAAACACCAAAGUUGUGACUGCUGAGCUGGAAAAGAGGAGGGUGGUUCUACGAGAGCUCGACCGUUCCUCCUCAUACAAAGCCUUUAUUAUGGUUAGCACAGGUGGUGGGAGUCUGAACGGAUCAGAGGUUACACUCAAAACUGAACCAAUGGACGACUUGGCUAUCAUCUUGAUAGUUAUUUCCUCUGGUGUUGGGCUGUCAUUGCUUAUCAUUAUCUCCGUUCUGGUCUGCUUCUCAACACAUGAACGGUUGAAGAUGUGCUUUUGGCCCAAGAUUCCCGACCCUGCCAACAGCAGCAUCAAGAGGUGGAACACAUUGGAUUCAAUGCAGGAUACUCCCCCUGUUGAGGACAUGCAGGAAUCCAGCCUGGUCUAUCUCUCAAAUCUCAGCCUCCUGGACCUGCCCAACAAGGGUCUUGAGAAGAGGGGUGGCGAGAUCACCGAUGACCCCUGGUGCCGCUGCAGUGACACCAGUGAUCUGGGCGAGUCCAUAUGUGGCUCCCCCCAAGCACUCAGCCCUAGCUACAUAGGGUCACAUCAACACUCUGUUCCGUAUGCCACUGUGGUCUUUGAUAGCCCGUACUCAAUUCAGCCACCAAGCCAAUCCCAUGCCUACCUGCGCUCAGAGUCCACACAGCCACUCCUGGAGGAGGACCUCGAGGAGCCUUCGAGCCCAAAGGAGUACCAGAAUGUUCCUGUCCACGGGACAUCCGGGGAGCAAGUUUCCUUUAGAGAAUGCCUGAAUGACGGCCCAGGAAGGGGAGAGUUAUGCAUUCUUUGGGAUGACUUUCCCUUGCUUAGGGCUUUGGCAAUGAAUGAUGUUCGAAGUCAAACCUAAUCAGUGGUAUUGAGAUUUUUAAAUGUUUGCAAGUAUUGUGAGAUGUAUGUCACAGAAUGGCAGAUACAUGUUCAACACCAAUGAUGUUUUCAAGACAGGGACAACAUGAUUAUCCAGUUUGGGAAUGUUAGUGCUACAAAAAAGGGCACUGAAAAAUAGCAAUUAAUAAAGUUCAUGUGUGUUCAUGUUGAUCAAUAUUUUGUCUCUUCUGGUCUGACGUUAAUCAUAAAAUAAAUGUCUGAUCAAUACAUACAACUCUGAA